AUGAUGAGAACUGAUAAACUGAAGAACCCAGGGCUUAGCUUUGCUUUAGCAGUCCUACUGAUUUUACUCAACACAAAUGUUUCCAAAGCAGCUUUGAUCAGUAGGGACAGCUCAAGCUCGACCAAAGCAAACAUUGCUGAGUACAUUGGAGAAGAAGAGUUCUUGAUGGAGUCUGGUGCUGGAGUGAAUGCAAGGCUUCUUGCAUCCAAUUAUAUAAGCUAUGAUGCUUUGCAGAAGGGACCAGCUUUUCCGGGAAACAAGUAUGCUAUAGCCCUCAAUAAGGACAACAGGGGUUGCCAGACAUAUGACAAGUGCCGCCAAGUUUCUAUGUAUGUUCUUUAA